CGUCAGCCCAUUGCUACUACCGUAAUCUCACCAAGAAACGUUAUACUGUGGAAAUAGCGCCAGGUUUAGGGGGAUAAGCUGAAGUACGGGUACGACUUAGCAACCUCAACCUCAACCUAUCCCUGACGUCCUUCAGAAUUAUUGUUGCCUAACAGCAUACAUACAUUUUGUUUUUUUGUUUCUUUUCAACCCCUUCAACUUGACAAUUGCCAAUUGUACAACGUACCUAAUCCACCUCUACGUCACGAAAUAUGGAUAGCUAGCUGGUACUACUUGAAGCUAUCUCGACUUCAUUGCUGAUAAUCUAAACCCGUACGAAGAAGACAACCACAACCACAGCCACAUCGAUCUGGUCUUUCCAAUUAUACACAUACCUCGUUCUUCAAUUUUCGAUAGCUCCUCCGGCCUGAUAAUUGUAGAUACCAUACAAUCCAUAAAUAGCACACCUAAACAUCACCGAAAAUGCCUCCCGACCUCGAAGCUCGAGAAGCUAUGCUAUCCCUAGCUCUCUCGCCGUCACAUUCGCCUUCUCCUUCUCCCUCCCCGGCUCCGCCCUCCGACGCUCCUCUUCCUCCAUGGGUACGCCCCAAUCUACAACGUCCCACGUCUGGGACUAACUCUCAGCGUCUCUCAACACCGUACUCCCGAUCCGCCGCCGCCGCCGACUCUUCCUCCGAGCCCUUCGGCCGCCGCGUGAUGCGCGCCAGCGUGUCCUUCUCCAACAACAUGAUCAAGCUCUUCUACAGCAUGACCAUCCCGCAGCGCGUCGUCGCCGUCUCCGUCUUGCUCCUCCUCAACGUCCUCCUCGUCCUCUUCCUCGUCUACUCCCACCGUAUCUUCGCCGCCCUGGCCCCCGUCGCCGAGGGCUGGCGCGCCCUUCCCGGCGGCUGGCUCAUCGUCUUCCUCAUGACCUGCGCGACCGCCUUCCCUCCCAUGAUCGGCUACAGCACUUGUGUCACCAUCGCCGGCUUCGUCUACGACUUUCCCGGCGGCUGGCCCAUCGUCGCGGGCGCCACGGUCGUCGGCUCCACCGCCGCCUUCGUCGCCAGCCGCACCGUGUUCAGCGGCUAUGUGCACUCGCUCGUGGGCGCGGACAAGCGCUUCGUCGCCCUGGGCCAGGUGCUCCGGCGGGACGGGCUGCUCGUGCUCGCCGCCAUCCGCUUCUGCCCGCUGCCCUUCAGCCUCAGCAACGGCUUCCUCGCCACCGUCCCCAGCAUCUCCCCCUGGCGCUUCGCCCUCGCCACCGCCCUCGCCUCCCCCAAGCUGCUCGUCCACGUCUUCGUCGGCAGCCGCCUCGCCCUGCUCGCCCGCAGCGGCGACCGCAUGACCCCCGCCGACAAGGCCGUCAACUACCUCAGCAUGGCGCUCGGCGGCGUCGCCGGCCUCACCCUGAGCCUGCUGAUCUACCGCCGCACCAUGGCCCGCGCUAGGGAGCUCGCGCGCGAGGAGGCGGUCGAGAACGGGACAGCGGUCGACGGGGACCGGGAUGGGGAGCUGGGCGACGAGCUAAAUCUGGAUCGGGGGUACGGGGAUCUCGAGGAGGGCCGGAGGAGACAGCGGCCCGGCGAGGCGGACGAGGCGGCGCUCAUGAACGACGACGACAUCUCGCUGUGGGAGACGGAUGCUAUGGAGGGCGGCGGGUAUAGAGACGAGUCGGAGGAGGAGGAGGAAAGAGAAGGAUAUGCUAGUGCCAAGACGAACGGCAGGGUUUCUGGCAACGGAGAGCAUAGAUAGGUGGGUAGCGAACAAGCAGAUGGGAUGAGGAGGAAUUGUCGGCUGUUUGUUUGCAAGUUCAAGUUCAAGUUUAUCAAAACAGGGGAGGGUUUUUUUCGUGUGCGGAAAUGCGGGUUAUUUAUUACAUAUUACAUUGCGGGCGGGCGGGCGUCUGGCGAGUCGAACACACACAAGAAGAAAAUGAUGGCUCGGUUGAUAAGUUUUCCUUUGGCAUUUUUGGAGUUGGAGUCUAGGUACAGCAUCAUAACAUGGAACAUGGAUGGGAAAUAUCAAACCAGAAUUAGUUAGACGGGAUAGGGACUUAAAGUCAGGAGGAGGUAGGCAAGCCAUUUUGUUUUCUUGAUUUUUAUCAUGGGAAAAAAGAAGAAA